AUCCUUUGUCGUCCGGUCCCGGUGGAAGGAAGAUGGCGGCCAUUGAUGGAAUGGGAAUGCCGCUGCGGUUUUGAUCGAAAAAAACCCCUGCAUAUCCUGUGUUUGACGAUUUAUUGAAUGUAUUAGAAAGAGCAAGCGGGCCAUGCAGGACGGAAACUUUAACCUUUGACUUCAGAUUAUAUCACUGCAGGUAAAUAACCAUCACAUUUCUUAAUUUGUUUUCUUUAGCAAGACAGCUACAGUCAGCUAAAUUAGCUAACCUAGCUAGCUGGUGAGCAGCUGCCGACACAUCCAUGUAGAGACCAAACGCCCUCGGGUAUUCGAUUAAAACACUCAAAAAAUGAAGAAAUCGCGUUAUAGUAACUGUGUGAGUGUUAUCUACAAGGAUAUUAAACUAGACAAUCAGAAAAUGUGACAGAAGCGUGAACCUUAGGGGGUGUGCAUCAUGCUGCCUUUAGCUUAGCUGAGAGUUAUUUUAGUGAGAAACGGUUCAGAAAAACACUAAAAUACUGAGAGAGAAGCUUCAAAACAACAACACAGAGACACAGGGGGGUGUUAGUGUGUAUCUGUAUGAUCGUGGUGUUAAAACAGAGAUGUUACACAAAGGGACAGUUUGUGACAAACCGUCAGGAUCAAACCUGGAUCUUCACCUCCUUUACCUCUCACAUCCUGAUGGUUAUAUUUAAGAUUAAAAGACAGAAUUAAAGAAAUUAUGAAACAUUUAAGUAAUCGAGUCUGUUUAGAUUUAAUAAGGCUGAUCAGAGUCCAGAUUAAUUCAGAUUAAAGCUGGUAUGGGAGCUCAAACAAGUCCUGGUACCUGCAGAAGUCUUUUGUUUGUUAUUAAGAGAUUAUUGAUAUUGAGUCUUCUUAUAAAUCUGACAGCUGUGUGUUUCUUAAAGCUCUGUGAAUAUCAGUCAUAACAUGAUAAGGUUGUGCGUUUUUAUAUAUCAUACAUCAGAGAGUGCUUAUUGGCAUUGUUAUGAAGUAUCUCGAUUUUUUCAAUGUUUCUUUCUUUCCUUCUUUAUUUAUCUCAAACUUUAAGAACAACAACAAAAAACUAGAAACAAAAAUACAGAACAAAAUAAUUUAAGUACACCUAGGGCUGGGCGAUAAAACGAUAACAAUAUAUAUUGAAUAUUAAUUUCCGAAGCCGAUAAUGAUAAUCAGUGUUAUAAUAUUCAGAAUUAAUAUUACUUCUAUGCAAUCAAGUAUAUUUAGCAUAAAACCAUAUUUUUGUUAGUUUACUUAUAUGAAUUUUUUAUUACUUCUGUAGUUUGAUUUAAAUAUUUUUAUGUUAUUGUUCAUUUUUAAAGUGAAUGUUUGUUGUUAAGCUACUGAUCAGUGAAAACAAACUAAUUUAGGUUGAAAUGAAGAGUAAAUAAAGUGUAUGUGAUCUAGUUGUGCAGCUCUCAUCACUCUCAGAUACAGACUGUGUGUUUUCCGUCCGUUCCUCCAGAUACUUUCCUGGUUCCAGUUUGCCAAAGUGGACCUCCAAGUGUUUCCUGCUCCAGCAGAUUUCCCUGCUCAUGGACUUGACUCCAUCAUCAGACUUUAAACGGAGGUCAGCCGCCUCCUCCUCUCCCGGUGGGGUCAGAGAGGUUCCCAGGAGUCCUCCUCUGCGCUCGCCAUCCUUAUCUGUGUCCUCUCCUUCGUCUCCUUCGUCCUCACCCUUGUCUACCUCCUCCUCCAUCUGCGCCAACACGUCAGUGUAUCGGAACCAUGUAAAGGGUGAGACCCCGGGGCCGGAAGUGUCCCGGGUCUCCUCCACAUCUGCCUCUACAGCAAUGCAGUCUCACUCCACGCCUCCACCCAACACAGACUCCUUCUCUCACACCUCGGCUCAGCAGAGUGACUGUGAGACAGAGAGCAGGAAAAAUGACAUCUACGAUCCUUUCAGUCCAACUGAGGGAGCCAAGGAAGAGGGGGAGGGGGAGAAGUACGACCCCUUCGACCCCACAGGAUCCCCGGCAUCGGACGCCGACGAAGGGAGCGGCGACGUGGCGGAGGUGAAGACAAACAUGGACAAAGAGGAGGAUGAAGAGAAAGAGGAAGAACCUCCAGAUUCCACCGACAACCUGACAAACCUCCCCAGCCCCCAUCUGGCCCCCAAGCUCCACCUGAGGAGGAGAGUGGACUGUAGCACCUCCAAAUCCGGAGAGCAGAGGGAGGGGGGCGACUCGGACAACUCUGAGAUAGAGGAGGGGGAGAUAGUGGGGGCUGUGGACAGAGAGGGAGGCCUCAAGAGAGCAGCAGGAGAAAUCCUCCCUCUGAACUCCCCCAGCGUCUCCUUCUUUGGGUCAAAGCCGGAGAGGAUCCUUCGGGUUCUGGACGGGGAUGGCUUUGUGUCCGUGCGAACGGAGGGCACCUGGGAGGUGGAGCCAGAGGAGGAGCCUGUGGUGGGAGUCGAGGAUCUGAGGAGAAAGCUGGUCAGCAGGAGAAAGGAAAGAUAUCUCUCAUUCCCUCCUUCUUCCCCGCUGUCUCCUCAUACACCUCCUCUCCCCACCCAUGCUCCAGCCUCUGCACCAUCCUCGCCCCUCACCCCUCCGGUGGAGCAGAUCAGCAAGACCACCAAGCCCUCCAAGAGCUCCAAGGACCGUGACUCACAGAAGAGCAAAGACAGAAAGACUGGUGAGAAAGAGGAGAGGAGGAAAAAGAGAAGGAAGGACAAGGAGGGAGGCCGAGACAGGAGCAAAGAAAAGGAAGGAGGACACAAGAAGGAGGCGAAGGGAACGAGGAGCAGCAGAAGCAGCAGCAGGAAGAGGAAGAAACGGCGGCACAGCAGCCAGGAGGCGUCCUCAGGGAGAGCGGGACACAGUAGACACUCCUUCUCCAGUCAGUCUGAAGAACGACUCCGAGAGAGGGACAGAGACAAAGACAAAGACAAAGACAGAGAGAGAGACAGAACCAGAGAAAGAGAGAGAGACAGAGAUAAAGACAGAGAGAGGGACAGAGACAGGGAGAGAGACAGAAGAAGAGAGAGAGACAGGGAGAGAGACAGAGAGCACAGCCGCACCAGUAGUCGAAGACGAGAAGACCGAGAAGACCAAGACUCGAGCUCCAGAAAGAAGGACAGAGAGCGGAGAGGGAGACAUUCGAGCAGCAGAGAGCGAGAGAGUUCGAAGAGGUCGAAGAGGAGCAGAGAGAAGAGAGACGGAGAGAGAGAGCGGCAGAGAGAGAGGGAGCGCAGACGAGACGGACGGCCUGUCGUCCCUCCGUCCAUCCAAGACCUCAACGGCUCCGAUCUCUUCGCCAUCAAGAGAACCAUCACCGUGACGACCACGACCACCACCACCACUGUGCCCGGCUCCCCCAGACUCAACCCCUCCUCCCCCUGUCGGCCCGCGCUGGAGUCCGACAAACCCCACAAGAGGAAGAAGAAGAGGAAAUGGCACUCAGCCGGCGAGGUGGAGGAGCGAGGGAGCUGCCACAGCCGCUCGCAGUCUCUGUCGCCCCCCAGGUACCACAGCUACGAGUCAGACCACUACUCAGACAAACUGGAGAUCGAUGUGUUGUCCCUAGACGGCGAGGCUUUGGACUCUGACUACCCCUCUCUGGAGGACACGCCCCCCGCCGUCCUCCCACCAGAGCCGCCUGCCCCAAGUCCUAAAACGAAAGUCGCCCCCAAGACCGGACGCCAUCAGAAAAAGAAAUCUCGCACGUUCAAGAAAACGGGCCCGUCUGAAUCCUCCUCCUCCUCCUCCAACAGAACCAAAAACAAAUGCCUCUCCUCCAUGAUGGUGACCUCAGGCUCCACCUCCGUCUCAGCUGGUCCUCCGUUGGCGAAGCGGACCCGGAAGAUCGGGAAAGACAAAGAGCGGGAAAAAGGGAGCAGGAAGGAACUGGGUCGCUCUGGGAAAUCCAAGAAAGAGGGCGGCAGUCGAAAGGGCAAGCUUCAGUCCAAAGUGUCGGUACUGGUGCGUGAGGGUGUGAGCAGCACCACAGGGGCUUCUGUCGGAUCUGGAAAGCUGCCCAUGGACCUGCUGGGACCAGGAGGUGCAGGAGGAGGUUCUGGGAGCUCCGUGGUGGGGGGGUCUAUCGCCGUUGUCUUCUGCAGGGACAACGAGAGCCGGUCUCCUUUCCUCAAACCGUGUUCAGAGCCGCUGUCUCUGGGCAGCCGGGGGAAGGAGCUGGCUCUGGGGAAGAGGAGCAGUCUCGCCGCUCCUCCGUCCUCCUUAACAAGUCCCGCAGGACUGAAGUCCAAGAAGACCAAACCCAGCUCCAUCACCUCCACCUCCUCCUCUGCCUCCUCCCCAUCUUCAUCCUUGGCAACCAAACGCCGUCGCCGUCUGGGUAAGAAGACCCGAGAUAAAGGCGGAGCUGCAGGGCUGGCAGCUGGAGACAGCAACCAAUCAAAAGCCUCCUCUGAAGGUUGGGGCGGAGCUUCCCUCGACGGCCAAUCAACAGCUGGAGAUGGAAACAAGUCAGUCAGUCCACAUCCGGCCCCUGCUGGCCCCGCACCCUGCUCCUCUUCCUCUUCCUCCUCCUCUACCUCCUCCACGAGUGUGCUCCCGCCCUCCUCCUCACCCCCCCACACUCCUCCCCCCUCCAUGGCUGCGAUGCGGGACACCAGGGAGUCUUCACCGGACUCUCAGACUGUGGACAGCAGCUGUAAGACCCCUGAUCCUUCUUUCCUAGCAGAGGACUGUCCCACUCAGACCAGCCCCACCCUCCCAGCAUCCAGCCCCUCCAGCAUGUCAGCCCCACCGGGCGUGGGCCACAACAUCGCCUUGUCUGCACCUCCUUCCAAGCCUCCUCCCCCAGAUGAAGCCCCCAAAUCUUUGUCCUCCCCGCCCUGCUCCUCUUCUUCAGGAGGCCUCAACUCCAUCUCUCUGCCUCUGUCGUCCUCCGACCCCUCCUCCUCUUCGGUGUCCUCCUCCUCUGCUAGUAAGCCUCCGCCUCCUCCACCCCCUCCAGCGGCGCCUGCUCUCCCCUGGAGUCUGCAGACCGGCGUGGACUGCACCACUGGAGGAGUCCUGGCCUGUAAGUGUCUCCAGAAGUCUGAACGUUCUUUUCACACAGACUGUCCUGUCUCUGCAUUAACGGGUCGCUUUCUUCUCCUCCUAGUAACCGCUUUGCUCUUCAAGAUGGAGGAGGCCAACAUCGCCAGCAGAGCCAAAGCACAAGAGUUCAUUCAAGCCACCAGCCAGGUAAAGGAGCGGUGCAGAGCGAGUGAGCCCAAAGUCAGAGCUCGUUUUUCUACAACUUUUCUCCCCAAACAGAACAAAUCUGCUCCAAUCCACUUUAUUUAUAUAGCACAUUUUUAAAAACAUUGUAGUUUACGAAAGUGCUGCACAACAGAAUUAAAAGAACAGACACUGUAGAAAACAUCAGGAGGAAAUAAAUAAAAGCAGGUAAAAAACACAAAAGCAUAACAGAAAUGAAAGUGAUAAAAGGUCCAUAAAGGACAAAAAAGGACAGAGAUUACACAACUCUCAUGCUGAGCUAAAAGCCAAAGAAUGAAAAUGAGUUUCAAGACGUGAUUUAAAAGUAGAAAGAGUCAAGGAUGUUAUUAUCUUGUGGCGAUCCGUUCCACAAUUUGGGAGCUACAGCUGAGAAAGCUUGGUCGCAACGGGUUUUCAAACGAGUAUUUGGGACUGUAACUCCCGAGACUUAAGAGAUAACUGCCAGAUAAGAUGUUUACAAAAGUUUUAUUAAUUUGAAAGAUUUUUUCGGUGUCCUUCAAACAGCUCCGGGGAACAUUCAGAGGUUGUUUUGCUGUGUUUUUGUCUUUACUUGUCUGUCUCCAGCCCUAACCAAAAUAAAUGUAGCUGUAGUUGCUAAAUUUGUCAGAACGGAUUAUUAUUUCUCGCUCCUUAUUCUUGAUCCUUGUUCCUUCUUUUCAGAUCCUCUCACAGGCCAAUCAGAACCAGUCUCAGCAGCAUGCCCCGCCCUCCUCAGCGUCCUCCACGUCCUCACAGAUCCCGCCCCCUCCGUCUCUUCCUCCCCCUCCCGGUCUGAGUCCGGCUCAGUUCAUCCUCCACAGCUCCCUCCCGUUAGUCGGCUGCACCAAGACUCCGCCCUCUCUCCUGCACCCUUCCAUGGGUGGCGGGUGUGCACAGACCCCGCCCCCGAUGCUGCCUGCAGGGCUGUCAGGAGUGACUGGGAGCUCUGGGGACAGCGGCUGGGACAAUGAGAGCAAAGACCCUGAUAAGGUGAAAUAUUCUGUUGGUGUUCUGAGUGUCUCCCUUUUAUUUCAUACAUAAAUAAACUUGCUCUUGAUGUGCUGGAUGUGUAUUGUAACGUGUGACCUCUAUAUCUCAGUACCUGAAGAAGCUGCACACUCAGGAGCGAGCGGUGGAAGAGGUGAAGCUCGCCAUCAAACCGUACUAUCAACGCAAAGACAUCAAUAAGGACGAAUACAAAGACAUCCUGAGGAAAGCUGUGCACAAGGUCAGAAUCAAAACAUUCAUGUCUAAUAUCCUCAUUCUCAGUUCACUACAAACUAAACUGAUCAAUGUUUCUGUGUUUGAUUUCUCAUCAGAUCUGCCACAGCCGCACCGGAGAAAUCAACCCGGUCAAAGUGAGUAACCUGGUGAAGCUGUACGUCCAGCGCUACAAGUACUUUCGGAAACACGGCCGCAAAAUGGACGAAGAAGAGCGUGAAGACAGAGAGCCAGGAGCGCUGCACUCCUCCGCCUGAGAGGAGACUUUUUACACAUGAACCCCCAACCCCCCCUUCCUUCUGCUCAAACAUCCAUUUUUGUUAUCUAAUGUUUUUAUGAUUUCACGGCCCACCUCGUCAAUGCUUUUAUGUGAUCUUAUGGAAGUCUGUGAUCUCACUGUAAAUAUGUCUCACAUAUUCAAAUGUAUCACGUAAACAAUGUCGAGCAGGUGGAUGCGGUCAUGCACACCUGUGUGGUCUGAUAAGAAGAUCCAGUACACCAAGCCUGCAAUAAACUGACCUUUGUGAAGUUCAGUGUGUUCAGCUCUUGUGUUGGUAUCCUUGAGAAGCUUGAAAUAAAUGACUUAAACUUA